AUGACUGCCGAAGUUUCGCAAUACACCCUCCAGCGUUCGUCGCUUGACCUGGAAGCACGAGAUGCAGAGACUUUACAGGACCCCCUUGAAAAAGAGAUCACUAUCGGCGACGGUAUAUCACGCCAAAGCAGCAGACACAUUGCGGAGUCACUUUCUCUACCGCGUGAGAUUCUCUUCGUGGGCAUUAUAUGCACAGCACAGAUCACCACGCAAGCCGGCCUCGGCCAAGCACUCAUUAUCAUCCGAGAUAUAGCACGAAGUUUCAAUCUUACCGACCCCAGCGAAUUGACAUGGCUGAUUGCUGGAUACAGCUUGACCGUUGGGACAUUCAUCCUUGUUAGCGGCAGAUUGGGAGACAUGUUUGGUUACAAACGAAUGCUGAUCAUAGGGUAUGCCUGGUUCUCGGGGAUUGGGCCUGCUAUUCUCCUCCCGAACGCGGUGGCUCUACUUGGUGCAAGUUAUGCGCCUGGGAGUCCUCGGAAAGACAUGGUCUUUGCACUGUUUGGUGCCUGCGCCCCCGGUGGCUCGCUCAUUGGCUGUGCCUUCGCGGGUGUUUUCGCUUUGACAUGGUGGCCCUGGGCAUUCUUCUCUUUUGCCAUUGCUCUCGCUAUGCUUGCAAUGGUGUCUUACUUUGUCGUCCCCGAUGCGCAGCCAAGGAAUCAGUUUGCCGGGUUGUCUCUCUGGGAUAAAAUCAAGCUCCUUGAUCUGCCUGGCGCCGUGGUGGGCAUCACGGCUCUAGUGCUGUUCAAUUUCGCAUGGAACCAGGCACCAAUUGUGGGUUGGCAGAAAGCAUACGUCUACGUGACAAUGCUCCUCGGAAUCCUGCUGGUGCCCCUGUUUUUCUAUAUUGAGCUUCGAGUCUCGAAAACGCCGCUUGUGCCUUUCGACGCACUGACGGCAGAUGUUGGAUUUGUGCUUUCAUGUAUCGUCUGUGGCUGGGCAUCAUUUGGAAUCUGGUUUUUCUAUCUGGUCAAUUUUCUGGAAAUCUUGCGAGGCGCAUCACCGUUGCUGGCCGUGGCGUAUAUGAGUCCCGUUGCCGUCUCUGGUGCCAUUGCCUCUGUUGUCACCGGGUUUCUCUUGUCUAAACUUCGGCCAGCAAUGGUCAUGACAAUUGCGCUCACAUGGUUUACAGUUGGGCACAUCCUGGUGGCCACCACCCCUGUCCACCAAACAUACUGGGCCCAGACUUUUGUCGGACUGGUGGUCAUUCCCUGGGGCAUGGACAUGUCUUUUCCUGCGGCGACAAUCAUUCUUUCCAACGCAGUGCGGAAAGAACACCAAGGUAUUGCGGCCAGUCUCGUCACAACAAUCGUCAACUACAGCAUCUCUCUGGGAUUGGGCUUCGCGGGGACUGUGGAAGUGCAUGUCAACCAUGGUGGACGCACGCCACAUGACCUUCUGCUCGGGUACCGUGGAGCAUGGUAUCUUGGAAUCGGGUGUGCUGGCCUUGGACUGUGCGUCAGCAUUGUGUUUUUGUUGAGAGACUACUAUAAAGUCAACGGGAAGACGAAAGGCGGUACCUCGGAGUGA